AUGGUCCUGUCGGCGGUGUUCGACAACAGGACGAACGAUGUGGAUUGCUCCGUGGCGGCCUGCGGCGACCUGUGGCGCGCCGAGGCGUCGCACUCCAGUAGCGCCAGCGGCAGCAGUGGCGGCGGUGACGGCGGCGCGACGCCGCUGUUCCUGGUGCAGCUCGGGCCCAUGCUCUUCCUCCGCGACACGACGCUGCUCUUCCCCAUGCACCUCUCCAAGCGCCACCUCAUCUGGUACGGCUUCGAGCGCAAGAACGGAGUGAACUCGGUGUGCCCGACGUACUGGACAGCUCGCCGGAGAUGCUUCUUCAUGUCGUUGAUCUGCCUCAACCCCUUUGCUUGCUCAUUCAUGGACAUGCAAUUCCCCAAUGGACAGCUCAGAUACGUGGCUGGCGACGGGUUUACGGUGAGGGGCUUCCUCCCUCUUGGCGGCGGCGGCAUUGUCCAGGCCCACAGAAAGUUCCCCGAGGAGAAGCUGUCGCUUCUCCUACAAGUUCACAACAGAAACCCGAUCGACAGAUGA